CGCAAAGAAAGCCGAAAAGAACACGCUAUCGUCGAGUCGGCAAACCCAUCUAUAAAUAUCUUUCAAUCCACGCCUUCUUCUCCACAUUCAGAAAUUUGUAACCCUAAAAUCUUCUUUUCUCUUCUCAUAUUGCUCUCUCAUUCGAAAUCAAGAUGCAGAUCUUCGUCAAGACACUCACAGGCAAGACCAUCACAUUGGAGGUCGAAUCAUCCGAUACGAUCGACAACGUCAAGGCUAAGAUCCAGGACAAGGAAGGAAUUCCUCCGGAUCAGCAACGAUUGAUUUUCGCCGGUAAACAACUCGAGGACGGCCGCACCCUUGCCGAUUACAACAUCCAGAAAGAAUCCACUCUCCAUCUCGUCCUCCGUCUUCGCGGUGGGAUGCAGAUCUUCGUCAAAACCCUAACGGGGAAGACGAUCACUCUCGAGGUUGAGUCUUCCGAUACGAUCGAUAACGUCAAGGCGAAGAUCCAGGAUAAGGAAGGUAUUCCUCCAGAUCAGCAACGAUUAAUCUUCGCAGGAAAGCAGCUCGAGGACGGCCGGACACUCGCUGACUAUAACAUCCAGAAGGAAUCCACCCUCCAUCUCGUUCUCCGCCUUCGCGGUGGGAUGCAAAUCUUUGUUAAAACCCUAACGGGGAAGACGAUCACUCUUGAGGUUGAGUCUUCCGAUACGAUCGAUAAUGUGAAGGAGAAGAUUCAAGAUAAGGAAGGUAUUCCUCCUGAUCAGCAGAGGCUGAUAUUUGCCGGGAAGCAGCUUGAGGAUGGUCGGACAUUGGCAGAUUACAAUAUCCAGAAGGAAUCGACCCUUCAUUUGGUCCUUCGUCUUCGAGGUGGAAUGCAAAUCUUUGUGAAGACACUCACUGGGAAGACAAUCACUCUGGAGGUGGAGAGCUCCGACACCAUUGACAAUGUGAAGGCGAAAAUUCAGGAUAAGGAAGGAAUUCCCCCUGACCAGCAGAGGUUGAUCUUUGCCGGUAAGCAGUUGGAGGAUGGCCGGACCCUUGCUGAUUACAAUAUCCAGAAAGAAUCGACUCUCCACCUUGUUCUGCGUCUACGUGGUGGAUUUUGAUGAUGAUGAUGAUGAUGAUGAUCAAUCUCUGUUCAUGAUUUGAUGAUGUUCUGUUUUUUUUUAUGUUUUCUUGGUUUAAUGAUCUGUUUUUUCAUGUAACAAUUUGAAUGGCUGUUCUAGUAAAUUUCGAUUUGAUCUUGGAAUCAA